UCUCACAUUUUUCGUCUCUCCGCUAUACUAAUGUUUAGAAACCGUUUCCUACCGGGACUCUCCCUCCCAACACCUAUUAGGAUUCUCUCCCCCCAGCAAAGAUCGACGCAGGAGUUACAGACGAAUCUAACAGGAACAACAGGAGGAGGAGAAGCAGUGGUUUACGGGUCUCUCUGUCUCUCUCUCUCCCUCUCUCCCUCCCUCCUUCUCUGGCUCUCUCCCCUUUAAACCAUCAGAAGCUUUGUCUCUCAAUUGAUAUAGACAAGCGUCGAAUUCACGGGUCUCUCUGUCUCUCUCUCUCCCUCUCUGACUCUCUCCCCUUUAAACUCUAUUUAUCAAUUUGCUCGAAUUCGUUAGUACAAUCUCUCUCUCCCUCCCUCUCUCCCCUUUUAUACUCUAUGAAUCUAUUUGCUCGAAUUCGUUAGUACAAUUUGUUAAUUUGCUUUUUUUUGGUGAUUGAUAGGCCCCUGUUUUCAUGUCCUGAAUUUCUUUUUUUCACCUCAUACUAAUUUACUAUCAUCACUAUGAUUUUCAUAGUUGAAGAAACUUUCUAUGCUUUUACUAUGUUUAAUGUUGGCUUUAUUAGAAAUAUAUACAAGAUAGAGAUGAUCGUGCUAAUUUUGUGUGUUUCAUGUUGUUUAGUUACACAGAGCUUCAGGUGGUUGUUCCUGAAAAUUGAGCUUUCUAUUUCCCUGUGGAGAAAUCUUAGUCGCAUUCAACUACAGGGCCAGCUAAAUGACAUAUUUGGAUCGCUUUCAGCUCUCUCUACUUUGACAUUUCAAUUUCUCACUUGCCAGGAGUUAAAUUUUUGCUUUGCUUUGCUUGACACAAUGACAUAUGUAAUCUCUUUUAAUUCCAUGACAAGUGAUCUUCCUGAAAGUUUUACCGCUCUUUCAAGUAUGGCCAAUAUGUAUUUGCAAAACAACCAGUUUACAGGCUCUAUUGAUGUCCUUUCUAAUCUUCCCCUGCAUAAUUUGAAUAUUGGAAAUAAUUAUUUCAGCGGUUGGAUUCCUGAAAGAUUAAAAAACAUAAAUAUUCAGAGAGAGGGCAACUCAUGGAGUUCCGGUCCUGCACCACCUCCUCUACCUGGAACUCCUCCAUCCAGCAGUAGCAACUGAAAUAGAAAACAUAAUGACAAUAAAAACUCAUCAGAUGAUAAUGGAAGUAAGAAAUCAGGUAUAGGCGGUGGUGGUGUGGCAGGAAUUGUGAUAUCCAUUUUAGUUGUUGGAGCCGUGGUUGCAUUCUUUGUAGUGAAGAAAAGGUCCAAAAGAUCAUCUGCGGAUGUAGAGAAAGCUGAUAGUCAGCCUUUCACUUCUUACGCUUCACAAGAAGUCCAAGAUAUGCUUUGAUCUUGAAGAUUUCUAUUAACUGCUUGACUGUCCUGGAUUUCAAGUCUGCCACUGUGCUUGACUGUUCUGGCUUGGCUUAUAUUCAAAAUUCUAUUUAACAGCCUGGGGACUAUUCUGAUGCUUUUUUAUUUUUAGUUUAUAGGUUGGCCUUGCUUGUCUUCUUAUGUAGAAUGUACGUAAUCAUACAUUAGCCAGUAGUAAGUUGAUUUUGUCGAUACCAUCUUAGCUCAAAUUACACUUGUAGUUGCCCAAAAGUGUGAUUUUUCUAAUCUUUAUGCAUAUGAAUCUAUCUGAUAUUUCUGGACUUACGUGACACUACAUGAAUGAGAAUCCUGUGUGAGAGUAGUUUACUUUUAAAAUUAGACCAAAGAACUAAAAAGGUUUGAUUUCUUAUAAAAAAUACUUACCCUGAAACAUUGUAUUAGUCCUUCCACUUUGUUUUUCCCAAUUGUUUCAGGAUUUGUGUUAAGUUCACUUUGUUAGUCUGGAUGGUAAACAUAUUGCUGUUGCUCUUCUGGAUUGUACUUUAAAGGCUGCAGAAGAUUACCAGAAAUCCUUGAGUAGGAAUAACAGCCGCAAAUGGAUUAUACAGGCAUGUACUUCUGGUAGAUUAAUUUGCUAGCAUUGGACACAGUGUCAUAGUCAGGGAAGUCUUUCUUUUGGGAUGUAAAAAAAGAUUUUUUCCAACAAAAAUAUUAAUUUGCCAACAUCUUUUAUUAUUUGGUUUUAAAACCAAAACCGAACCAUUUCAAACCGAAGCCGAAUUAAGAAAACCGAACCGCACCAAUAUUAUUUGGUUUGAUUUUGGUUUUUGAUUUUAGAAACCGAAUAGAUAUGGUUACGGUGCCCUUUUUGGUUCAAACCGCACCAAAUCGAACCACGCUCAUACCUAAGCUUUACUAGCUUAUAUCCCAUGUUUAGUAGUAUAAUAAAGUUUUAAUAUUUAAUUAAUUUUGAGGCGGCCUUCUAUAAUAGAUCCAGAUAAUUAGGCUUAUUGAUGUGUUUGAAUUAAUAUAUUUAAGUAAGUCUGGUAAAAUUAUUUUUAAUACUUGGAUGUGUUACAAUAGAUUUGAAUAUAAAUUAUGCCUAGGUUAAAUAUUUUUAAUAUUUAAAUGUGUUUUAAUAAGAAUAAAAUAGGGUUGUUUUUAAAAUGAAAAGGCCCGUCAACCUUCCCAAGUAUGGACCGGCCAAAUUUUUUAAUAUUUUGGCUUUAACAGUUUACUAGCUUAUAUGCAGUGCGAUGCACAAAGAAAUUUUAAUAUUUGUUAACUUUUAUUUAUAUUUAAUUUUGUUAUACAUUUAAUUUUGUUCAAGAGAUGUAUUUGGGUUAAAAUUCUAUGUUUCACUUUUUUAUGUUAGUCUUAAGGAUGUCCUUGGAUUAAUAUAAUUCUAUUAGGCCCGUUAAUAUAUGUAAAUAUAUAGGCCCAACAAAUGUGUUUAAAUCAUAAUAUAUGAAGAUAUUGUAAUUAAAGUAGGUUUGACUUAAUUGAAUAAGUUUUAAAAUAAAGAAGCCCGUAAAUAGGCCCAAAUACCAACCGGCUCAAAUUAUAUACUGAGCAGAAAUAAUGGAAUUUUUGAAUGACCUUUGAUACUCACCAUUAUAUGACUUAUCAGCUCCAUCAUAAAGUCUACAGCCCAUUUGGUUGGAAGGAAAGGAAAUGAGGUGGUCAAAAAAAUGAAACCAUUUUUUUAGUUAAUGACCUUUGAUACUCACCAUUAAUUGCAGUAAAUGUUUAGUUAAUCAACAUUUUGCACCAGGAACCAUUGCAAAGAAGAAGAAAAGUGUAGCUAAUUUCCACAUAACCCAUUUCAUAUUUGUGUUCAUAAUUGCUUUUGUAUUCCAAGUUCUAGCCUCUAAUUUGUGACAUAACUCUAACAUUUGUUUAUAUAUGAUAUACUAUAUUUCAAGAUAGGAUUGUAAUAUUAAUAAAUUGUGUAAUUUUGUUUAUAUUUAGUGUAAAAUAUGAUGAAGUAGAAUUUAAAUAAAUUUAUGGAUUACAAAGAGUAUAAAUUGGCUUUCAGAGGUCAACAGGUUGUCGAUUUUCUUAUGGGGGAUAAACUGUAUGAC